AUGACGACACUUGCCUUGGGUGAAGAACCCAACACCCUCUGUGAAUUCGACCUCAUGCGUUUACCAACAGAGCUUCAUUUGCACAUAUCUUCGUAUCUCUCAUAUCCCGAUGCCCUGGCACUAAAACAUACCUGCCACCACUUCUAUACCCUUGUUUACACUGGAGUUCAUCUGAAAGUCGACUGGCUGGUAGAGCGCUUCGAGCGAAAGCUGGAAUGCCCGAUGGAGAAAUGCUCCUUCCGGACGGAUGAGUCGUUCUGCAACUGGAGGAUACGGCGGAUUAUGGAGCGCAGACGGCGGCAUCUCGAAUGUCCGCGAGAAAGAGGCGGUUGUUUGGUGAUUCAGGGCAGGACGUGCCAGGUAGACCUUGUUCCCGCCUGGUUGAAAAGACAAGGCCGUCUGGAACUUGUGCAGUCCGUUGGAUACGAAGUGUUCAUCCACGGGCUGAUUUUUCUAUGUGUCUAUUUCUUGUGGAAUCUCGGUGUGCGCUACCUAGGAGUACCUGUCACGGAUGACAUUAUGAAUCCUCCAAUCAGCGCAGAUUACACAUACUAA